AUGAAAGGCAAAACUCUUAGCUCUCAAUCACAGGGCUUGAUACUAUCCUUGCUGAAUUAUUUUCAACAAGAAAAGGAUAAUGUAGGACCUCUAUUACCAUUAGGGUGGCUCAGGCACUAAGUAUCAGUUUGUCCACUAUUACCAGAAUACAGCGCCGUUUAUCAUCUAAUGAUAAUGUCCUAAGCUCACCUGGAAAGAAGAGACCCAGAAAAAAGUCUAAGACAACAGAUUUAUCUGAUGCAGUCAGGCAUAAUAUACGAGAUACAGUGUAUCAAAUAUAUAGUGAAAGUAAUGAUAAUGAGCGUGAGAUGGUACAUUCCAAAUUAUUGAUUUUUUGUUUUGUUUCACAGAAACAUGUCACAAUAGCAAAUUUGAAUAAAACGCUUAAAGAGAAAGAGCUUG